AGAAAUUAACCAAUUAAAAUGUUGGUUAAGACUGUGUGUUGUUUGUUGGUUUGUGGUUUAAAUAUUUUAAAUGUUGAAUCACGAAAUGAUGUGAAUGUUCAUUAUUACUCAAACAAACUGACAGAACCAGAGUUCAUAACAUCACAUUUACAAGCUGAAUAUACUUCAAAAACGGGUCGAAAAGUUUAUGUUUUUGACAAUGUCAUUCCAUAUUCCCUUCUUUCUGCUACAAGGCAAUACUUUAGCAUGGAUGACCAUUGGAGGUUUGUACAGUUUGACGAACAUAUCAAAGACCCAAAUGCAAAGUACGACAAUGGGAAUGGGGUUCCAUGGAAAUCAUGGCAGGAUCCAACACUCAUGAGUGCAACCAGGAUAGGGCAUAUACUUAAGGCGAUGGUGGACACCGUAUCUGCCAAUGUAACGUCAAUGAAACCACCUUUAACCAUAGACCAAGGUUUCAAAAUGACGGAAAUUUAUUCUGGAAUCGUUCGGCGUGGUGACCAGACAUUGGUCCAUAGCGACACACCUGCACCUAAUUGUACCUCUGUUGUCAAUGGUUACUCCACUGUCACAUACACCAAUACAUUAUGGCGCAAGAACAGCUACGGGGAGAUGUUGUUUUACGAAGAUAAUUUGGAAGAACUCGAUAUUUUUGCCGCAGUCAGCGCACGAUUUGGCCGAGUCAUCGUUUGGGAUUCAGCGAUCCAAUACAUCACUCGCCCUCCUGGCAUCGCCGAGCUCGCAGGGCAGUAUCUUAUUUUCUCCAGGUUUGAGAUGGGCCAAUCUGUGGUUUAUGAUAGAAGAACAAAGUUCCAUAACCUGCUGGAAGACAUGAAGACUUUCUACACGGAGCCAUUUGUUUGCUCAGACAAUGUUGAAUCUGUUCCAACUUUAGAUUUGGAUAAACACCUAACUCUUCAUAGAACAAGCAAAGCUGGAGAGUUUGUUAAUGUGUUCGAUGGUUUGUUCUCCCAAGCUGACUUGGAUGCGUUACGAACCUACUCCAUCAAAUACGGGAAAUAUUAUUACGACGAUCACCUUGAUAUGUCAAGUGAUAACGUUCAAUGGAUUGCUGGUUUCAACGUCAACAAAUUCGCAAACAGCAGAUUCUGGCCGGUGAUCAGUCAGGUUGCCACUUAUGUGUCUGGCAACAAUACAUGGUACCCGUAUGAUGUUGCAUGUAAUUUAAUAAGAAGUGCCGACCACACUCGCUUUCAUCUCGAUACAAGCCACACUGAUGAAAAAGAAAUGACUUUCUUACUUUAUCUCAGCCCCAACUGGACUGCUGCCGAUUAUGGCGAGACCGCUUUCAUGGAACACAACUAUGAUUCUCCCGACAACGACUAUGUUGCGGAGGUUGUACCAAUGUACGGGCGUGCCGUCAUCUUUACCGGCAACUUCCCACACUCCGCGCGGCCUCCAGCGCCGUACCACGCUGGGCCACGCUACACCUUCGCUGUGAAGAUGUCAUUCACAAAAUGGGAAGCCGUCUCAAAAACUUUCAGUGAGGAAUCAAGACACAGUAUGCUGUCAAUAAAGGAAACUAUUGCGCAAAUCGUUACCGACCCAGAGAUGUAUGCGGCAAACCAGAAAGUUUCUACCGUUGCCAGCUAUUUGCAAACCAAGGCUGUUCAACAAUCGCUGGACCACAACAGUGGAAUGUUGGACAGGGGUGGUGACAAUGAGGAGGAGGCGAGAAGUCGGCAAGAGCUUAAAGGACAGACACAACAACAAGAGCAAGGAGAAGAGGAGGAAGGAGAAGAAGAGGACGGAGAAGAGGGAGAAGGAGGAUAUAUGUCCGAGGAAGACAUGAUGCUGCUGAAUGAUCUCGUAUCUCAGGAAAGUGAAAUCCAAAUGAGUCCUGAAAACCAGAAGCGAGUUUUAGAGAUGGCCAAGUUUCAUGGUUUGGAUAAACAGAAACAUAUGGAAGUCCAUGAAGAUGAGGAAGAAGGGAAGUCCUCGGAAGAAAAUCAAUCAAUGCAGCAGCAGGAGAAGAAGAUUGCGAUGUGGAAGUAUUUGUGCAAGAAGGAUGCCAACUGUCUCAGUGAUUAUUUGGAGUUAUUCCUGAAACAACAAAUCAAGCUAAAGGGUGCAGCUACCAGAGAUAUGUAUGCCAUCAUAUAAAGAACGAACUAAACAGAUGAAUCGCUUAAUUGUAAUAUAGUAGGGUGGGGGAAGAUGGGACACCUUUUCGUUUAGUUUUCUCUUUCCAUUUGGUUGUAAACAAAGAACAUUCAAAGGAUUAUAAAACCGUAUCCCCACGACUUCCACAGACCGUUGUUAAUUCUUUAAAACACGAUCAGGCUAUUUGGAUAUUAUGUAUUAAAGGUGUCCCAUCUUUCCCCACCCUACUAUAUGUUGUUGCAACGGUAUAGUCGUUAUUUUUUAAUUGGCCGCUUAUUUCUAACUUUUGGAACGCAAUAGUUGAUGGUUGCCAUUUGAGAUUCAUAAGUGCCUUAGCUAUGCCUAAAAGUUGUGCUGUAAUUAGUUUGUAUGUGUUGUCGUAUAUGCCAUAAGAGAUUAAACUUUUCACACAGCGUUA